GAGACCAAAUUCACUGCGAACCUGGUGUGGAAAAAGGAAUGUACUAUACAAAAAAAGUGGCAGUAUUUAAUCAUAUUUUAUAUAUUGUCGCAGUUGUGUGGGGGGCGUCCACUGUAUUUGUACUGUACUUUCCGUCCAGGUUGUGGGCCCUUUGCGCGUCAUUUCCGACUGGAGUGGCUGCCUGCCUGCCUGCCUGCCUGCCUGGCUGGGGGGGACGGAGUUGCGGAGCGGAGGGCUUUCGCGUAGACGAGCAGCAAACGGGAGACACUCUAACCCCACUAAACCAACAGUGACGCUGUUUAAUAUGUCCACGAGUUGAACAUUAUAGCCGUCGUAUUACGCUCUCUUGCCCACCGAGUAGCGGCCCGGAGGAUUUGUUCGCUCUCUCGCUGGCUCGCUUCGGUGACAAACCGAGCACGCCGUCGCCGCUGUUGUUGUGAGAAGAAAAACAAGCUAGUCGGCUAAGCUUGUGUGAUCAUUGACAGAGUUCAAUACACACAAGCGGAGAGUGAUAACCGGCGGGGGGACCCUUGUGCAGGGCUACUUGUGGAACUCUUCAAGAAGUGGAAAUAUUUCACAGUGGAGGCCCUCUGGACAAGUGUUGUAUCUGAGUCGCUGUCACUCUCUCUCAAGCAGUUAGUUUGAACAGUUUGCACCAGCUGGUCUGCCGCCCCCUCCCAACCCAGACAGUCUUCUGCCCCAGCAUGAAUGAAGUCAGCGUUGUGAGAGAGGGAUGGCUCCACAAGAGAGGUGAGUACAUUAAAACCUGGAGGCCUCGUUAUUUCAUCCUAAAGAGUGACGGUUCCUUCAUCGGCUACAAAGAGAAGCCCGAAGUGUCCAGCGAUCACAGCCUGCCACCUCUCAACAACUUCUCCGUCGCAGAAUGCCAGCUGAUGAAGACGGAGAGGCCCAGGCCCAACACGUUUGUCAUCCGCUGCCUGCAGUGGACCUCAGUCAUUGAACGCACCUUCCAUGUAGACAGCAAUGAGGAGAGGGAAGAAUGGAUGCGAUCGAUCCAGGCGGUGGCAAACAGCCUAAAGAGUCAGCAGCAGGACGAGGAGCCCAUGGAGAUCAAAUUUGGCUCGCCGAGUGACAGCAGCGGCGCAGAGGAGAUGGAGAUCGCCGUGUCUAAAUCCCGCUCAAAAGUGCAGAACAUGAGUGAUUUCGACUACCUGAAGCUACUGGGCAAGGGGACGUUCGGCAAAGUAAUCCUGGUGAAGGAGAAGGCUACGGGCAUGUACUACGCCAUGAAAAUCCUCCGCAAAGAAGUCAUCAUUGCUAAAGAUGAGGUAGCCCACACAGUGACAGAGAGCAGAGUCCUCCAAAAUACGCGGCAUCCCUUUCUAACAACGCUAAAAUAUGCUUUUCAAACAAAUGACCGUCUAUGCUUUGUGAUGGAGUAUGCAAAUGGGGGAGAACUCUUCUUUCACUUAUCCCGGGACCGAGUGUUCACAGAAGACAGAGCCCGAUUUUAUGGUGCAGAAAUAGUAUCAGCACUGGAAUACCUACACUCAUGCAAUGUCGUUUACAGGGAUUUAAAGCUGGAGAAUCUCAUGUUGGACAAGGAUGGCCACAUAAAGAUAACGGACUUUGGCCUGUGCAAAGAGGGCAUCACUGAUGGCGCCACCAUGAAAACCUUCUGUGGGACUCCUGAGUACUUGGCACCUGAGGUACUAGAGGACAAUGACUACGGUCGCGCCGUGGACUGGUGGGGCCUGGGCGUGGUCAUGUACGAGAUGAUGUGUGGCCGAUUGCCUUUCUACAACCAGGACCACGAGCGACUCUUUGAACUCAUCCUCAUGGAGGAGAUCCGCUUCCCCAAGAACCUGGCCCCUGAAGCCAAGGCGCUGUUGGCUGGCCUGCUUAAAAAGGAUCCCAAGCAGAGGCUCGGCGGCGGACCUGACGAUGCCAAAGAAGCGAUGACCCAUAAGUUCUUCACCUCAAUCAACUGGCAGGAUGUCUUGGAGAAGAAGCUCAUCCCACCUUUUAAGCCCCAGGUCACCUCGGAGACAGAUACGAGAUACUUCGACGACGAAUUCACUGCACAAACCAUUACAAUAACCCCGCCUGACAAGUAUGACAGUUUAGACCCGGAGGACUCGGAUCAGCGUACACACUUCCCUCAGUUCUCCUACUCUGCCAGCAUUCGGGAAUAGUGGCUCAGACUUUUGACCAAGCAGGAAGCAGGCAGGCUAGCACACAACCCAAAUCUCAUGUUCGCACUUGCACUGCUGAGGACAAAUCGAAUGAGACACACACACACAAACUGGCACAAGACACAUUUUCAUCCGGUCUUUCUUUCCCCUCUCCCCCACUCACUGAAAAAGCAUACAGACACAUACACACACAGACCAGCAGAGAAUCAUAUACAAAAUGAGCGUGCAGGCUGUGAUUCUGCGAGUUUACGAGUGAUGGAUCUCAGCGGGGUUUUGCGUGGACAGAUGGGCAGCUUCAUCUCUGUACAUCCUCUCAGGGGGACCUCCGCUGCAUUACACUGGGCACACUUUGAAACCAGGUUAUGCCAGCAACUACCAGCUCGUUACCAGCCGUAGACACACAACCCUGACGCAUAGACUACAUCUUGCAAAGACGCCUUCUUGAUACAAUUUUUUAAAUUGAAGAUUGGAAGAGACAUUGGUUGAUAAUUGACCAAUUUAGCUUCAUCGAUUGUUACGGUUUUAAAUAUAAAGCCAUAUUUCUGCUUUUCAAUUUUAUUUUUGAUUUUUUGAUUUUUUUUUUUUUUUUUUUUUUUUUUUAAUAAGUGCUCUUUCUGGAACUUGCUGUUACAAAUAAAUUGUGUGUGUGUGUGUGAGAGAAAGAGAGAGAGAGAGAGAGAGAGAGAGGUAUGUGGGGGAGGGUGAGUUUGCCAUUUAUGUGUAUGCACUGCAUGUGUUCAAGUGUGAAUGAAUGUGUGUGAGAACCUGCGAACAAUUGUAUUUUGCAACCAUCCAUUUUGUGUCUGUUUUUCAUGGAUGCUGGAACACAGGCAAGCAAGGACACUACACAGUGAUGGCCUUAUAAAGGGAACAAGCGUGUUAUUUAUGAAAAAGUAGCUUCUCUUGCAUGGCUUUUUAAAUCACUAUUUUUUUUUAUUUUUUAUUUAAAAACAAGGUGUGACACUCAUAGGGCCCGGUGUAGCUGCGUGUCGCAAACACAGUAAGAUGGACAAGUUAAAGGCCACUUGUCCGAUGUGUCAGAGACAACUCGACCUCAGCCAUUCAACCUCCAUCAAUCAGUCAUCUUCACUGCCGGCUUCAUUCAGAUUAGCCACUUAUCUUCAUAAUUUCAGUGCAAGUUUAUAUAUCUUUUGUUCUAAAGCAAGCCUUUUGAAUGUUCUUAUGGUUUAAAAACAGAAAUUGUUAAAUCUUUAUAAUGUGGCCCAAAAAACAAUUGACUGACUUGGUGGAUAUUUAACAUUUCAAAUAAUUCCACAUUGAAUGUUGUUUUUGUGAUUUCUGGGAAAUUGUGUCCCAAGCACUUAAACGUACAGCCCCCUCCAAAAGUAUUGGAACGGCAAGGUCAAUGCCUUUGUUAUUGUUGUAUACUGAAGACAUUUGUGUUUCAGAUCAAAAGAUGAAUAUGAUAUAAAAGUUCAGAAUUCCAGCUUUUAUUUCAUGGUAUUUACAUCUAGAUGUGUUAAACAACUCAGGACAGAGCCCCUUUUGUUUAAAGCCACCCACUUUUCAAGUGAGCAAAAGUAUUGGAACAGACAUGAUGAAAUUAACUUAAAAUUAUUAACAUUUAAUAUUUGGUGGGAUCUGGCAAUUUACAGAAAAAUUCAUUCAAACUAAUCGGGAUAAGUUUCAUCGUGCAACAAGACAAUGACCCAAAACACACUGCCAACACAACAAAGGACUUCAUUGGGGGGAAAAUUCGAAGGUCUUAGACUGGCCAAGUCAAUCACUGGACCUUAACCCAAUAGAGCAGGCAUUUUACCUCCUGAAGAGGAGAUUGGAGGGAGAAACCCACAGAAACAAACAAGAACUGAAAGAGGGUGCAGUAAACACCUGGAAAAGCAUUUCAAAUGAUGAAUACAAGAGUCCGGUGAAGUCAAUGGGUUGCAGGCUUGAUGCAGUUAUUGUAAGUAAGGGUUAUGCCACCAAAUAUUAAAUGUUAUUCACUUUGUUAAUUUAAUAAUGUCUGUUCCAAUUUCCAAAACAUUUGCUUACUUGAUAAAUUGGUGGCUUCAAUCAAAUGGUGCUCUGUCCUGAGUUGUUUAUCACAUCUAGAUGUCAAUACCAUGAAAUGAAAGCUGGAAUUCCGACCUUUUGUCUCAUAUUCAUCUUUCGAUCCGAAACCCAAAUGUCUUCGGUAUACAACAAAAACAAAGGAAGUCACCUUGCCGUUCCAAUACUUUUGGAGGGGACUGUACAUCUGCCUGGAGCACGCAGCUUCAAAUCAUUGAGAUGCCACACGAGCUGCUCAAGCAACCUUCAGCCUAAACACAGCGGUGUACUAAUCAAUAACUCCUUUUCUACCGGUAUUUUUCCAUCCUUCUCCCAUGUUGAUAUUCUGUAUGAACAGCAAUGUGGGAGGAGGGUAAGUCUACAUUGCAAUUUUCCGCCUUCGGACGUAGUAUCAGAGGCGUGACACUGCAUCUGUGUUUCCUUGUAGAAGGAAAAUCUGCAGUUGUACUAAAAACAAUUAUUACUGUCUGACAACUUUUUUAAUCACACCAGACACUGGCACUGUUGCAGGUAAUAUCCCGCUUUGCUGGGUACUGUGUAAAGAUACGUGCAGACAAAUGCCGGGUCUUCUUUUAGGGUUCUGAUGCAGCAAAAAAGCAGGAUCUCUGUGUAAAAGAGUCUAAUUUUGGCUGAUGUAUAGUUUAGUCGAAUCAAGUUCUGGCCAGAUUUUUAUGAAAUCGUGCUCAUAUUUUAUUCUUUAUUGCUGGAGAACAUGCUGGCUAAGAUUUGAGCUUUGCUAAAGGAAAAUCAAGUCAUGUUAUCAUGUUAUUUUUUUAUUUGUUUUGUUCACCCCGCACACCCACCCACCCCUUUUGUCCAUAUAUUUCUAAGGAAAAAUUGGAAAAUGUCAUGUCUAAGUAUACAUUCUAUAAAAUAUAUAUUAAAAUGUUCUAAACUGCUUUAUUUUUUUUUUUAAUUUUCAUUUGUGUUUUCUACCAGGCCACAUCUCAUCACGUUUCGGGUGAAUUUCCUGACAUGUUUUGUAAAACAUAAUUGAACCUAGACAGGAAAUGGACCCUAAACCGAACAAAUCAGUGGGCAUCCUCAUGACGUGUUGAUUUGCUUUCAUUGUUUGUGUGAGUGAUGGUGUGAUUGUUUGAGUGAAAGAAAAAAAAAGCUUUUUGUUUGUUUGGGAGUGGGUGCAUCAGGCGCCUCGGAUUCCUGUAGAUGAAGACGUAAUCCAGGGGUGGGGAACAUACAACCCAUGGGCAAUAUCCGACCAGCAUUUGAUCCGGUCCGUCGAGCACUUUUAAAAGAAAUAAACCCUCUGAGAAACUUUGGUGAAGAGCCCCCAAACAAAGAACCCACAAUAAUAUAGAAUAAUGCAAAAUGUUUGAUGCUUGCAACUUGCAAAGUAUUCUUCCUAAAUUGAGUAUGGCUCUUGGAGGACUAUUAAAAUGAAAAAGCCCCUGACCGGAAAAUGGUUCCCCACCCCUGCUGUGAUCAAAUGGCUUUGAGUCUCCCGUUGACAACUGCAGCACCUCGUCUCACGGGCUCAGGCACACACAGCCUCUAGCCUAGUGGCCUAUUUUAGUGGGCUACCAUCUGGACAUCCAACCACUGCACUGAUGGACUCCACUGUGGAUUUGCCUUUGUUUGCUGCCAGGGCCAUAAUGGGCCACUGCUGAAAUUAUUUUUGGAAAGUUUUGUUUUUGGUUGUGAAGCCAUACACUGAACCUCGCUGCUGGCCACAAUUUAAAGCAAUGCUUCACGGCUGAACAUGCAAGUGGACCUCUUCUGUAGGGCAUACGCUGGCACAAGUGCCUCCUCACUAUUAAUGUGUAAAUACCAACAAAACAAAAAAACUUGGAGAAUGCAGCAUAAGUAGAGUGGGGGGUGUGCAGCUUUUGUAGAAUUUGAUUUGCAGCUUUAUCUUGCUUCUUUGUGUAUUCAAAUGUGAUCAUCAAUUGCGAAUGUCACACCAGAUGCUGGUGUAACUAGAUUUAUUUUGCAUUUUUUUUCUUCCUUUAUUUUUGCUAAUUACAAUUAGUUAAGAGUCAGAGAGCAAGUUAAAAAAAAACAAGCAAUCUUUUUAAGGGCAGGAAAUUGUCGUAUUGGACAGUACCGGCCCACCAUUUGCAAGACAAUGUAAUGGGUGAAACGUGCUACAGUAGAGUACCUUAUGACAUUUGCAAUGAUAAUGUGCCAGUAAAAAUUUUACUGAACCAA